CAUCACCAAUCGAAAUGUGGGGCCAACCCCCAGACGCUGACGACGUCCCAUCUAGACCUCCAAACGAAGGCGCUCCGCGGGCCGCGCGCAGUGGCAGCGGCCCCAGGGACAGGAAAUCGAGCUAAAUAUUAGCAUCAGUGCUACAGCCACAUGUGGCGCCUCUACGGCGUCCCUCCCCGAGGCUGCGUGCAUUUCAUCUCUCCAGAAUGCCAAAACUCCGUCCAUGUGAUAGCCCGUUUACAUGGAUACCUGCCUACGCAACCCGUCUCUGGUUCUCAGAAAGGCACAUGAGCAACACAUGCCUUCCUACGCCUGAUCAGGGAACAACAGAACAGAUGAGCGCGUGAACGUAGCAAACAGGGCUCCAUCCAUCCAAAAUUUUCUGUCCAUACACGAGGCUGUCGGGCGAGCUCUUUGUUGUCCAAUCAUGGAACCUGGCAGCGCUGCGAGACGAGACGACGCCAGCUCUCCUUGACUGCCUCCUUGCACAGAAACCUCGGCCACCUCGGCAGCACCCCCUUGCACGCUGCCGUCUUCCGCCAGUAGCUGCUGCCGCCGCCGCCGCGACGUCGCCUGCCAGAAUUUCCUUUAGCCGCCCAUCCUCCGUCCACCACAACAAUCAUGGCGUCUCCUCCGCCCAUAGUCCUCGACGGCGGCACCGGCUUCCUCAAGGUCGGCUAUGCGGCGCAGAACUUCCCCGAGCACCAGUUCCCCUCCAUCGUGGGGCGCCCGAUCCUGCGGACCGAGGAGAAGGGCGACGGCAUCGACGGGCUGCAGAUAAAGGACAUCAUGUGCGGCGACGACGCCUCGGCCGCCCGCAGCAUGCUGCAGAUCUCGUACCCCAUGGAGAACGGCAUCGUCAAGAAGUGGGACGACAUGCAGCACCUCUGGGACUAUACCUUUUUCGAGAAGAUGAAGGUCGAUCCACAGGGCCGGAAGAUCCUCCUCACCGAGCCGCCCAUGAACCCGCUCAAGAACCGCGAGCAAAUGUGUGAGGUCAUGUUUGACCGCUACGGCUUUGGCGGUGUUUAUGUUGCCAUCCAGGCGGUUCUAGCUCUGUAUGCUCAGGGUCUUUCUUCCGGCGUGGUCGUCGACUCCGGCGAUGGAGUCACCCACAUUGUCCCCGUGUACGAGUCUGUCGUGCUCAACCACCUCACACGAAGACUGGACGUGGCGGGCCGCGACGUCACGCGCAACCUGAUCGCCCUCCUCCUGCGACGUGGCUACGCCCUCAACCGGACGGCCGACUUUGAGACGGUACGGCAGAUCAAGGAGAAGCUGUGCUACGUCUCGUACGACCUCGAGCUAGACAAGCGCCUAUCCGAAGAGACGACAGUGCUGGUCGAGAGCUACACGCUGCCCGACGGCCGCGUAAUUCGCGUCGGCUCGGAGCGCUUCGAGGCCCCCGAGUGCCUGUUCCAGCCCCACCUGGUCGACUGCGAGCAGAAGGGCAUGGCCGAGUUCCUUUUCGACACCAUUCAGGCCGCCGACGUGGACGUGCGCUCGUCCCUCUACAAGGCCAUUGUGCUCUCGGGCGGCAGCUCUAUGUACCCCGGUCUGCCGUCUCGGCUGGAGAAGGAGAUCAAGCAGCUGUGGCUGACCAAGGUCCUGGGCGGGAACCCGGAAAGGCUCAACAAAUUCAAGGUUAGGAUAGAAGACCCGCCGCGGCGCAGGCACAUGGUCUUCCUGGGUGGUGCUGUCCUGGCAAACAUCAUGGCCGACAAGGAGAGCAUGUGGAUCACCAAGCAGGAGUGGGAGGAGCAGGGGCCGCGGGUGCUUGAGAAGCUGGGGCCUAGGAACUGAGUUUGAGAGUGGGACACGGCUGUCGGUCUUGUUCCUUGCCAACCGCUUUUGUUCAUCUUUGGUCGGUCAGCGCCGUCACUCUUGUCAGUUUGGGCGUUAUGCAAUGGAAGAACUUGCCGUUUGGCGUCAACAAAGGAAAAUGUAGCACGUGGAAUCUGAGUCGACUGUUCUCACAAGCCAAAGUUCAGGAUAGGACAGAGCGGUGAUGAAACCAUACGGGCCAGCCCAGGAAAUAACGGCAGACAACUAACAUGCCACUGGAUUUUCCAUGAGCCGUGGGGACCUGUUGGCGGAACUUGGAUGUAGCGGGCUGGGUAUCGCCAAGAUGGACGUCUAGCCAUGGAGUUGCGUGUUCCCGCGAGUGGUUGUGGCACUGCCAGACGAGCAAUGGGACAUCACAACAAACGAUACACCUUCUUUGCAGAAUUCUGCUCCGCGGCCGCCAAAACAGAGGUCUCCCUCGAAGUCAUCCGUAAGUGAGCGCCUUGUGGGAAGGAGGAGUGCCAGCUAGCUCAAUGAUAACAGCGGAGUGAAGCACUGUCCAAAAAAGAUGGGCUACGGGAGACAGUUGCAUAGCCCGCGUGCACCGUGUGUUCACAAGGCCUACCAUCGGUCUAGAUCUGGCGGCUGCCGCUCCGCGUACUGAAAAGGAAGAGGCAGGCAGACGGGCGGAUUUCGGCGAGCCUGUGCCAUCUCUAGGAGGUCCGGAUCGGUGUAAGUGCUUUGGUAGGGCACGGCAUUUGCGUCGGAGGCAGUCCGAGGAUGAUGAGCAUGUUUUGACAGUCAGUACGUACGGAUAUCGGCGCUCCGCCGCAUGAUCUCGAUGUCGCAGGGAAGCUGCCAGAUACAGUUCACCGACAAGGAAGGGAGUUGGCAAAAUUUUGUUCGUACUGUAGGAAUGCCCCAUUCAGCCUAGGCACCAUUCCAUAUCCUUGGGCAGAACAUCCAUCAAUACGGGCAGAGGGACGACUGGUUAUGGUAGGGAGACGGGGCGGAAUGGAACCGUCUUCAUUCAGAACUUGUUACCGAGGGGGUUUGCCCAUGUGUCCGUAUCACCUUCAUCACCCCAUAUAAGUUCCUAUAUCCCACGUCGCUCUCUCUGUCUUGUGCUAUUUUUUUGUUCACAACAUCUUGUUCUCGACAUUCCCUCAUGUCCACGCUUGAAGUCCUGGGCAAGGAAUUUCUCGAAAGCGUACUAUACUAUUCCAUAGCAUCUAAUAGGAGCACGAAACGAGCUCAUUCCGUUCCGCUAACUAUUACAACUUGGUCUGGGACCUUGGCGACCGGAAAUGGGCGGCCGG